UAUUGUUGGCUAUACAUAACUUCCCAAAAACUGUGUCUCAUUUCAAAAUCAAAACAAAACUACAAAAUGAAACAAUAAACACACAAUUGAAAUUAAUGGCUCUAAUUACUUAGUCGAACCAAUUAGUGGGGCCAUUCACAAGGAAGUUCCUCCUUUUCUGCGACAUAACCUCAAUAAUUUUUACAAGUAAUAUUAUUAUGGAAUUUGCUGAACAUAUAGCCACUCCAAAAGUAGACGGUGUUAUACUUCAUAGCCCCUUUCACGAGCCAGUUGAUGGAACUCUUUGUGUAACAGGUCACCAUUUAAUUCUAUCAUCAAGGAAAGAGGACGUACAAGAACUAUGGUUAUUACAUCAAUGCAUAGACGCUAUUGAGAAAAAACAGACUGGUGGUAACUCAAAUCAAUAUGGGGGCUCCAUAAUCCUGAAAUGCAAAGACUUUCGCAUACUACAAUUGGAUAUUGCAAACCCAGAUGAAUUCCAUAACAUUUACGCCUCAAUUGAACGCCUCUCCAAUUUAGAUAAACCAGAAUCACUCUACCCAUUUUUUUAUAGGCCCAUGUAUAAUAUUUUAGAGGAUGGUUACACCCUGUUUCAGCCAGAGAUUGAGUUUGCAAAACUGUUGGCCAGUGAUGAAUGGAGGGUUUCUCAUGUCAAUAAAACUUAUGCUAUUUGUGCCUCAUACAGUGGAACUCUGAUUGUUCCAAAGAGUAUAGAUGAUGAUGUGAUAAUUGCUUCAGCCAGUUUCAGGGAUGGGGGGCGUUUCCCACUUUUAAGUUACAGACAUGAUAAUGGUGCUAUACUUUUAAGGAGCAGUCAGCCUUUACUGACCAACAACAAUAGAAGGUGCAGGGCUGACGAGAAAAUUUUAAACACUGUUCUUGGGUCAUGCAAGAAAGGGUAUAUAAUUGAUACAAGGAGUACAAGUUAUACUAGUCAUUGCAAAGGGAAAGGGGGUGGAACUGAACCAGAUGGGCACUACACACAAUGGAAAAAGGUUUUUAAGCCUUUGGAUAAAAUUUCUAAAUGUGAUGGUUCAGUUUUAGAUUAUCUCGCCAAACUAAUUGAUGCAUGUAAUGACACAAACUGUUCAUCAGAUAAAUGGUUAUCACGUCUAGAAAGCAACCAUUGGCUAACAAACGUACAAAACGUCUUAAAUGCUUCUUGCCUGGUAGCCCAGUGUCUAGAUAAAGAUGGUGCCAGUGUUUUAGUGCAUGGAUCUAGUGGCUUAGAUUCGACCCUCAUUCUCACAUCUCUAGCCCAAGUUAUCCUUAAUCCUGACUGCAGAACAGUCAGAGGACUUCAAGCUUUAAUAGAACGAGAGUGGUUGCAAGCGGGUCAUCCGUUCCAACUCAGACAUUCGAAAUUCUGUUACUCCUCAUCAAGAUCCAAAGGACAACAACCAACGUUCUUGUUGUUUUUGGAUUGCGUUCACCAAUUACAUUAUCAAUUCCCGUGCAGUUUCGAGUUCACUACUCAAAUGCUGGUCUUACUGUUUGAGCACUCCUACUUUAGUCAAUUCGGCACGUUCUUGGGCAAUUCGGAGAGCGAUAGAGUCAAUCUUCAGCUGGCAAAAAGAACAACCAGUUUGUGGUCGUACUUGAACCGGCCUGAAGUAAUAACUUCGUUGCUUAAUCCGUUGUACGAUCCAAAUAAAGCUCCGAUUUGGCCGAGCGUUGCUCCGGUCAGUUUGGUUCUCUGGGACGAGUUGUAUCUUAGAUAUGUAGUUGAUCAGUCGCAGUCUAAAAGGGCUUUGGUUAAAAUACAAAACUUGAUACAAACCGACAAGGAUUUGAGGAGCAAGGCGCUAAAAUUAAGAAAGCAACUGAUAGAUUUGCAAAAGGAGUUAGACUGUUUGAACAACGAAAUGGAGGAAGACGAUGACGAGGAUAAUAGCGGGUGAAUUUGAUUCGAUACCUUAAUGUUUUUGCUUUACAAGACCAUUUUAAUUUGAUUUAUAUAUAUAGUUGUAACAUUAAAAUAUCAAAUUUUAUUAUUAAGUUAUAAGGCAAACAAUUUUUAUAAACAUAAGUUACUGUACAUGUCAUAUUUAUAUAUUUUUAAAAAUAUUCUGGUGUACUUAUGUAUAUCUAUUGUUAUAUUGUCUUUGAAAAUUGGCAAGUGUAACUAAAACAUCUUCUCUAGUCAAAAAUUACAAAAUUAACUGUUAUUAGGAAUUUAUUGUCUUAAUCUAUGGAUAUUGAUAGAUGAUUUAUAUUUUUAUAUUUUCCCAGUUUAUUUAUUACACCAAAUUUAUUUUAUAUAUUCUUAAUUGUAAAACGUAUUAAUGGAUGAUAGAUAAUUACAGACUUCUGUCAAUAUACAAACUUCCUUGGUCAAUUUAAACAGUGAUAAUAAUUGGCGCUAUAUCUAAAUGCAAAACAUAUCUCUUCACUACUUUAAAAAGUUAAGCAAUACAGGUGUUUAAAAAGAACCAACAUAUGUCUGAACAAACGAAAAUAACAAUUGUGUGUUCACAAAAUAUCAAAUCGCUUGCUCACUUUAUACUUCUCAAUGUACCAAAGUGUUAGGAUACAAUGAAACUGAAUCUCAAGAAAUUAUUAUCAUUCCCGUAUAAGUAGCUUUAAAUCAAAAUAUGAAGGAAUGCAUGAUCUCUGCUUAUGUGCAAUGUGUGUGUGCAUAGUAUAUUUUCUUAUUUUCGAUUCCAUUUCGGCUCAAUUGUCAUUCCACCCAUUAAUAAAAUAAAGUUAUAUGAUAACA